CGCACGCGCGCUGGGUCCCGCGGGGGGGAGGCGGGAGGGGCGGCGCACGCGCCCCGGGGCGGUCGGUGCCGCCCCGCUGAGGUGGCGGCGGGAAGAUGGAGGUGGCGACCCUCGGCGGGUUGGUGCUGCCGGGCGCCCUCGCCCUCCUCUUCAUCCUUCUCUUGCUGCUGGUGGCCGUGCUGCGUCGCACCACCCCGCCAGACGGUAAGUACCGCGGGACCGGCCCGACCCGGCCCGACCCGACCCAGCCCGACCCGACCCGACCCGACCCUCCGCUCCCCGCAGGCCCCAAGGCGAACGGCGUUGCCGCCGCCGCCGCUAGGCCGGAGGAACACAGGAAGGCGAAGGUGCCGGCGCGGGCCCGGAGAGACAAGCCGCAGCAGCACAGCUUUGCCCACCGGCUGCUGGUCGCCGCUCUCAAGGGCCACAGCGGCUCGGUCUCCUGCCUGGACUUCAGCAGCAACGGCAAGUACCUGGCAUCAUGCGCCGACGACCGCACGGUCCGGCUGUGGAGCACCCGGGACUUCACGGCGCGGGAGCACCGCUGUCUGCGCGCCAACAUGGGGCUGGACCAUGCCGAGUUUGUCCGCCUCAGCCCCGACUCACGGGCAUUCAUUGUUUGGCUGGCCAAUGGUGAAACUAUUCGUGUCUAUAAAAUGACUAAGAAAGAUGAUGACAGCUUCGCCUUCACCGCAACUUCUGGGGACUUCCUAAAGAAGCACAAGGCUCCUGUCAUUAACAUAGGAAUUGCAGAGACAGGAAAGUUUAUCAUGACAGCUUCCAGCGACACUACCAUCCUGAUAUGGAGCCUGAAGGGUGAAGUCCUGGCCAGCAUUAACACUAACCAGAUGAACAAUGCCUACGCCGCGGUGUCGCCUUGCGGGAGGUUUGUGGCAUCCUGUGGCUUUACCCCCGAUGUGAAGGUGUGGGAGGUGUGUUUUGGCAAGAAUGGAGACUUCCGAGAGGUGGCCAGGGCUUUUGAGUUGAAAGGCCACACUGCCGGUGUAUGUUCCUUCUCCUUCUCCAAUGACUCGAGGAGGAUGGUGACCGUUUCAAAGGACGGGACGUGGAAGUUCUGGGACACGGACGUGGAAUAUAAGAAGCAACAGGAUCCGUACCUGCUCCUGACAGGGAAGUGCAAGGUUACAGAGCCAUGUCGCAUCGCCCUGUCCCCCGAUGCUCGUGUCGUCGCCAUCUCUAGUGGCACAGACAUUGUGGUGUACAACACGAGGCGAGGCGAGGAGGAGGAGCGCUUCCUGGCUGUGCACGGACGGCCCAUCACAGACCUGGCCUUUGACACCAACAGCCGCUACCUCGUGUCAUGUGGGGACAGGGCCAUCCAUGUCUUCCACAACACCGCCGGUCACCGAGCGGUGGUGGAGGAUAUGGAGGCCAUGCUGAAAAAAACUGGGAACAAAGCCACCCGAGAGCGGCUGGAGCAGCAGAUCUCCGGCGCCCGCAAAGCGCUGGCCGCCAUCUACGGCAAGAAGCACUAGUCCUGGCCCGCAGGGGCACAUCCAGCUCUGCGGCCACCUUCCACCUUUGGGAAUUGGUUGUUUUGUAGUAACACUGAACAACUUGUAAUAAAACCCGUGCCUGGGUC